AUGUCCAUGUCUUUUACGAUUUUUACAGCAUCCUUUUUCAAGCACUGUACGGCCGAUAUGACAGACUACGAAGACUGUUAUAAAAGCAAUCUGCAAUCGUUGCUCGUUGAAUACAAAAAUGGUAUACCCGGACUGCGGGAGCCAGAUACCUUCGAACCGAUACGCAUACGUCGCUUACGCAUUGAACAAGACGAGCUAAGUUUGCGGCUGUAUAAUGUUAUAGUUCAUGGCAUCAGCACGGCAAAUAUUACGAAACUGCGUGCUCGCGUAUUACUGCCUGAGCUGCAGAUCAGCACGGACUUUCGCGCUCACAGACGUCUGCGUCUCCUGCCCAUUAAUAACAGUGGAAAAUUAACGCUGGAAGCAAUGGCUGUGAAAUUGGCGUUUUUCUUUACACUGCAGCUGCAAGACGAUGRUAAUCGAACUUUUGCCGACCCACGCAUGUUGCGAAGCAAAAUCGCCGAAAUUGACGAUUUCCAUUUGAACUUGGAGAAUUUCUUGGACGGCAAUACGGAACUGGAAGGCACAAUUAAUGAACUGCUCAAUGAACUGUGGCGCGACGUAAUCGAGGYACUGCGGCCAACGUUGGAAAAUGCCAUAAACGGUGUGGCAUUGACACGAUUUAAGAGUGUUUUAAAUUUCAUACCAGCAAAUUAUUUCAUAUCGGAUGUGCCGAGCGCAGCGGAGUUAUAUGGAAGCCGUGCGGAAUCAGCUACCGAUUUAUAAAGAGGAUUAUAAAGAUGAAUUUUAUUUAGAAAGAGUACGAUUGUAACCAUAUUUAAACCCAAAAACRCAAUAAAUACCAUCGACCAACCACCAGAUUCACCAAAUUUGUCUCCGCGUGAUUUUUUCUUGUUCCACAAACUGAAAAUGACACUGCGKGGAACCCGUUUUYAGUCUAUCGAAGAAAUAAAAAAAAAUUUGCUAAAGGAUCUAAAAGUCAU